CGCGGCUGUUUAUAAACAACACGUAUGCUGGAGGGUCGUGUGUUAACGUAGCGUGUUCUGUGGGAAGGAAAAAAGGACGGAGGAUGGAAAUUGAAAACUCUCGGCCCUAUUUCUUUGGAGACAUCGGCUGCUGGGCAGAGCGAACAGAGGUGCACAAGACAGCAUCCCUCGGCCAGGCCUCCCAGCUGGAGCAGCUCAUUCAGAGUGGAGCUUCAGUCAACAUGGUGGCUGUGGAUUCCAUCACACCGCUGCACGAGGCGUGUCUCCAUGGACAGACCAAGUGUGUGCAGCUGCUGCUUGAGGCUGGAGCCCAGGUGGAUGCAAGGAAUGUGGAUGGAAGCACCCCGCUGUGUGAUGCCUGUUCAGCUGGUAGUCUGGAGUGUGUGAAACUUUUGCUGCAGUAUGGUGCCAAGACUAACCCUGCCCUCACCUCCCGCACAGCCUCACCCCUCCACGAGGCUUGCAUGGGGGGUAACUCAGAGUGUGUGAAGCUGUUGAUUUCCAUGGGAGCUUGUCUCGAGGCGUAUGACCUCUACUACGGCACCCCGCUGCAUGUGGCUUGUGCUAAUGAGCACACGAACUGUGUUAAAGAGCUGCUCAAUGCAGGUGCUAAGGUGAAUGCUGCCAGGCUACAUGAGACUCCGCUGCACCACGCUGCUAAAAGCAUGAGCGUUGAGAUGAUUGAGAUACUGGUGGAAUUUGGAGCCAACAUUUACGCUAGGGAUCAACACAACAGGAAACCUGUGGACUACACCACACCGGGCUCUCCCUCUGCAGCCUGCCUGCGGUCUUAUGAGGCCUCACCACUGAGUCUGCAGCAGCUCAGCAGGUUAGCAGUGAGGAAGACGCUCGGCACCAGAGCUCUAAAUGUUGUAGUCCAACUGGACAUACCCAAACUGAUCAUCAGCUAUCUCUGCUAUCAGUGAGCAUCACCUGGAGGAUGAGCUGGAUCAGAGAAGGACUGGAACCUGACCGCACAGCAAAGGUGCUACUGCAUUAAAUAUGAGAACAGCUGACACAAGCACAAUGUUAUCAGUUUUUUUUUGUUAGUUUUUUGUUUAUUUUUUUUAGUAUGAAAUUGCAGGCAGCAAUUAGAUGUUAGUUAAGUUUAAGAACCACUGCAGCAGUUAUUGCAGUGAGCAUUUUCAGGCCUC